AUGGCAGAAAUGUUCUGUAUCUUUGUUGUGCAUCAGGGCAGCUUUGUAGAUGGACACAAUGCUGAGGAUCGGGCCCAGUGCUUCACACUUGCUAGGGUGAGCUUGUCGGCCACGGACUGCUACAUUGUGCACGAGAUCUACAAUGGGGAGAACGCCCAAGACCAGUUUGAAUAUGAGCUGGAGCAGGCCCUGGAAGCCCAGUACAAGUACAUUGUGAUCGAGCCCACCCGCAUCGGCGAUGAGACUGCGCGCUGGAUCACCGUGGGCAAUUGCCUGCACAAGACGACCGUGCUGGCGGGUACUGCCUGCCUCUUCACCCCAUUGGCACUGCCCUUAGAUUAUUCCCACUACAUCUCCCUGCCUGCUGGUGCGCUGAGCCUGGCCUGCUGCACCCUCUACGGGAUCUCCUGGCAGUUUGACCCUUGCUGCAAGUACCAAGUGGAGUACGAUGCCUAUAAACUGUCCCGCCUGCCUCUGCACACACUCACCUCCUCCACCCCGGUGGUGCUGGUCCGAAAGGACGACCUGCACAGAAAGAGACUGCACAACACGAUAGCACUGGCCGCCCUGGUGUACUGUGUAAAGAAGAUUUACGAACUCUACGCUGUAUGACUUCAGUAGAGCAGGGAGAGGAGCAGAGCCACAAAGCCCGCAAGAGGAGAGGAUUCAGAUUGCCACAGUAACACUUCUUGCUCUGCAAGGCAGCCUGGGAAGGUGUUUGGUUUAAUACUUGUUAUUUUUAAAAAAGAACACAGAUCAUGGGUAUACCAAGGGGUUUUUCAGCUCAUUACACUAAGAUGUGGAUUUCCAUAACCCAGGAGGGGUUCUGAGGCUGUGGAAGUCUGAUUGGGCAGUGGAAUGUGGAUGGAAGCCAACGCUACUGAGGGGGUGUGAACGCGCUUUGGGGGGGUCUUGAAGUAUAUUGUUUAACUGUACCAUUCAGAGCCAACCAGAAGCUAUUGACCAUUAUUAAAAUUAUGAGAAUUUCAA